UUUCCCACCCCCAAACUGAACUACAAUUCCUGUGUCUGCAGGAAGACAGCGCCUUAGCAGGUUCAGCUUUUAGUUUCUGUGUAUGUGGCGGUAAGAUGUCAGGGCUGCAGCUGCGGGCUCUAUUCACCGCUACAACCUCAGUGUUCGCUCAGGUGUGCAAGAUGGACAUGCUCCUGCUCCUGUCCUUCUGUCUGUUCCAGUGUAAUGGGAUGCACCAGGAAGAUGACUGGAUCGAUCCCACAGACAUGUUGAAUUAUGAUGCAGCUACUGGCAGGAUGAAGAAUCGGCCACAGUACAACAUUGAGGAAAUAGCAGUAAAAGAGGCAAUUAGAGAACCAGAAGAGAGCUCUUGUCUGGCAGAAAAUAAGGAGUGUACAAUUAAUGUGGACAAUUUAAAACGUGAGAUAGAGGAAUGCAGGAAUGCAGAGAACUUGAAAUUGCCACCAAGUAACAGUGACCCGGUUUUCAGGCGCUACCUGUACAAGAUUCUAAAUGGGGCUGAACGCGUCUCACUUCCAGAUAACACCCAGCCAGAGGUCCAUUAUGAUGCGGAGGUGGUCCUUACGAAGGAGAUGCUUACCGAGAUCCAGAAGUUCCUUGAUAAUGCUGACUGGAAUGUGGGUGCUCUUGAUGAGGCACUAAGCAAGACACUGGUGCGCUUCAAGCAUCACAAUGAGGAAGAAUGGAGGUGGAGAUUUGAGGACUAUUUUGGUGUAGACAUCUUCACCGCUUUUAUGAUAAGUUUGUGCAUCCUAUGCGUUGUUUCAGUGAUAGCUACGGAGAUGUGGACACAUGUCGAAUGGUUUACACAGAUUAAAAGGCUUUGUUUUCUGAGCUUUAUCAUCAGCAUUGGCUGGAACUGGAUGUACUUAUAUAAGCUUGCUUUUGUUGAGCGACAAGCUGAAGUCGCAAAAAUGGGUAUGUUUGACAAAACCUGCGGCGAAAAGAUGAGCUGGACUGAAAGUCUGCUUGAAUGGUUUAAGGCCUCUUCCUCUUUCCAAAAUGAUCCAUGUGAGGAGUAUUUUAAAUCUGUGAUGAUACAUCCUAUAUUGAUGGUGCCACCUACAAAGGCUCUGGCUCUCACUUUUACAGACUUCAUAACAGAACCCUUAAAACAUGUGGGGAAAGCAAUUGGAGAAUUUUUGCAUAAUUUGUUGGCAGAGAUUCCUUUAUUCUACCAAAUGCCAGUGCUCCUUAUUAUAGUACUUAUUGUGUUGGUUACUUGUUAUGGAGGAAGCACAUCUAUUGGUCAGUGGCGGAACAGUCGUGAGACACCUGGUGAUAGAUUGCCAAUUGGAUACCAACAACCACCAAUUUAUCUUCAGGUUGAUGUUAGGAACCAGCAGCCCUACCGUGAGCAACUUACACAUCAACCAGAGUAUGUGGAAAGGGACAGAGAUCCCUCCUAUCGUAGGCCAGAGGUCCUGCGAGCACUGGAUUGUGUAGAUGACAAAAAUCACCAGAAUCAGUUGUCCAGUUUUGCAGGCAUGACGUCCACAUUAGGAGGAGACUACAGUGGGGAACAGCAAAGGAAAGACGACACUCUACAUACAAAAUUGUUUGAACAAAAGCAAAAUGAGUCUCUACAGAAAGAAUCUAUUGUACAGCAGGAAAGGAAAGAUCAGACUGGAGAGGAUAAUAUGCCUGAAGAGCUGAAAAAGAAAAACAGUGCUACAGUGGAGAAAUCUGUUAUGCAACAGAAAGAUGAGAAUCGGGAAGAGGAAUCUUUUGGGUCACAGGAUAAUAAGGAAGAGCCUAUACCCAAAAGUGUAGACCUGGCUAUAACACCUGUUCCCAAUAACAAUGAACAAAAUUAUAACGCUACACAAACAGAAUUAAAAUUAAUUAACACCGAUAUUGAGACAAUGAAGAGCAUGAUUAUGUAUCAUCAUUGACCACUUUCACCCCAUGAGAGUCUGAGCCGCCAGUAAAUGUCAACUACGUGACCAUGGUAACUGUCACCGCUAUGCUUUCGAAUUAAAGUAAAGGAGGAAGCUCUAAGAAGCGCCGCAUUGGAACGCGGUGGAACGCAAAUACAACUUCCGGGUAAUACCGGAAGCGAGCGGACGGCACGCGUACAUAUGUAUGGAACACGGUGGAACGCAUCCAUCCGGAAACCGGAAGUGAUGUAAUGUGAAGUACGGCUCCGUUUUGCUUCUUUCAUUGGCUGGUUUGAAUCUGGGCGCCCAUUCUCAGGUGGGGUGGGGGUGGUCUUCAUAAUGUUUGUGGGUAUAAAAACCCAUUCAGUUUGUACUCCACCAUGCUUCUGAUGAAGGACUUCUAAGUCCGAAACGCGUAAAGCAGGUGGAUUUCUUUGGACUCUGGACUUUUGGACUUACCUCUGGAAACAUCUUGGGAACGGUGAUAUCUUCCUUUGACGGUUGGACCGGCUGGUUCCGAAUCUAUCUGUCGUGAGAAUCAUCUUACCCUAUUGAGGAGGUUCUAUAUGCUUUGUUAUGUUUUAUUUAAUGUGAGUGCAAUUCUGUAAUAAAUUCAGUUUUAGUUUUUAACCAA